AUGGGAGAUGAAACAGAAGAUGUUCGGGAAAGAUUGUUUGUGGCGGAUAAUAUGGUUGUGGUUUCAGUGGGAAUUUCAAAAGAGCUGUUCGGUCAAUUGCAGACACUCCAGCUAAGUUUGAAAAGUUCAGCUUCUCAGCUGAGAUCAAAGCUCAAAAGCAGCAAUGCAAAAUUUAAUGACUUGCUUGUCAGAUUGCUUGAUAAAGAGCUGAAAGAAUCUGUGUUUCUGCUGCUGAAUGCAAAGUAUUCUGCAGAUGGGAGUCAGGAAGAGCUUAAUGCUCUAUGUUCCAUAAUCAAUGAAACACUCCAGCUAAGUUUGAAAAGUUCAGCUACUCGGCUAAAAUCAAAGCUUGAAGGUUCCAAGGAAGAAUUGAAGGCUAAAGAAAAUUCUUUGAGCAAGCUGGAAAGGAGCAAUGCAAAAUUUAAUGGCUUUCUUGUCAGAUUGCUUGAUAAAGAGCUGAAAGAAUCUGAGUUUCUGCUGCUGAUUGCAAAGUAUUCUGGAGAUGGUAGUCAGGAAGAGCUUAAUGCUCUAUGUUGCAUAAUCAAUGAAAUGGAAAAUGUAAUUGCAGAUUCUGAAGUGAGGAUAUGUAAAGCAAAAAGUAGGGCUGAAAAUGCUGAAACCAAGUGUCCAAUAUGGGGAUUAAUGAAGAGCUGGGCCUUCUUAAGAGUGAGAAGCCAGACAAAGGAGUUUUCAUUGGUGGGGCAGAAGAUUCUUCCACUGGAGCAUUACUGUGAGAAGUGUUGGAAGGCAUUGAAGAAUCAAGAAAGUAAAAGAAACAAGAGAAAGCUGAAGAAGAGGAUUGAUGUUUUUGGCUGA